GAGAGUGCUGAAAAGAAUUUUUAGUUUUUACGUCACGCACCAAUCUGAUUCUAUAAAGGUUGUAUUUUUAUUUAUGUGUCAGGUGAGAUUUAAACGAUGGUCAGUGGAGAACUGUGCUGUUUGAGCCGCAGAGCGCCACCAUGACGUCAACACAUGACUGUGAAAACGGUACGGAAGUCAGGGAGGGCUGAACAAGUUGACGUGGCGAUUAAAUAUAAAACAAAUACAUUUUAAAUGGGCUUUAAUGCAGACUUUAAGUUAAAGUAUGGAGCAGAAGCUGGCAGAAUAUAGAUCCCGGAAGAAAAUCCAGACCGAAGCGAAGAACCCUGCUGAUCGAGACAUCCAGCCUGAAAUGACAGUUAAAGACCAUAAUGAAUCCUCCACAGAGUCUUCUGUUACACCACAACAGAACCCGAUCACCUGCUCUCAGACGACACAUACAGAGGGUGGAGGAGAUGGUUUGGCAUCUGGCUCUGGUCAUUGGCUUCUCAGCCGUCUGACCCUGUUGAAAGUGCUGCUGUGGCUGGUUCUGCUGGGACUGUUCUCAGAGCUUGAGUUUGGUUUUCCAUUUUUCCUUAUUUCUCUCUUCUACUGGCUCUAUGAGGGCUUCAGGAGUCCAAAGGCACGGCAGCCGGGAGAAUUGAGCGCAUACUCUGUGUUCAAUCCUGACUGUCAGCCUAUCCUGGGAACUUUAACAGCCGAACAGCUGGAAGGAGAGAUGGGGUACAGGCCCAUUGCCAGAAGAUGACGGAACAUGAAGCAUCCACACUUUGCGCCAACUGUCUCCGAUUUAUUCAUCAUAUUGCCAUGUACUGUAAGCAAUUGACAAGUAUAAAUGGGACCUCAAGCACACUUAGGCAAGCUAUCUGCAUUAUAUUAAUGUAUUUCAAAGCCUCACACUAUUUUAUCUUAAUGUAGAACCAGUAAAUAUAUAUCAUUUGUCUUUAAUAAAGUUGUAACAGGAA